AUGAAUAACACAAAUAUAUUUUAUUAUGUCAAUGGCAAGAUCUCCACAUGCCGUCGGUGUAAACGUAAGAGAACGCUGGAUGAAGAUCCAGACCAUCUACAGUUUAAAACAUGCUUUCGUUGCCGUAUGAUCGAGAGGGAUCAGAAAAAAUUCAACCAAGCCAAGAGGAAACUUAAUGCUGACGCAACAGCAGGCAACAGGCCGAACCCAACCAGGGAGGAGAUUGAACAAUUAGCUGAGCACUUGAAAAGUACAUCCAAGGCUUAUCAAGCUGCUAGUAAGCAGUUCAACCCCACUGCUACUUCGGCUCCAACCACCGUUUCAGUACCCCCAUUGAAUACUAGCUCCGUAUUUGCCAAAGAUGUUAAGAUUACAAACUCAAUGCCUGCAACAUUUCAGUUUAAAAAUAGUACGGUACCACCAAAGGCUAAUUUUGUUUCUGAAACUUUGAAUUUCCCUCCUCAAACUCUUGAUCAAACCCUAGCUUUACUCGAAAACACUGAACUCCAACUGGAAGAUGAGGCAGUUGAUGUUGACCUGGCGUAUAACGAGCAACUGUUCUCCUUCAAUAUACUAUCAAUUGACCCUAAACUAAAUCCUUUGACAUUGACUGCCGAGCAACAGUCACUCCUUCAAUUGUCAUUCUUAGCAAAAUACCAUCACGACCAAUCAUCAAACUACAAAGUUGCACCACAUGCUCUUUCUCCAACUCAACCCAACUUGUGCUUGUCUUGUAAGGCAUCUCUACCUAAGCAACGGUCUGGAAAACAGAUAUGCCAGGAAUGCGAGACCAAACAAUCCAUAUUGAAAGAUUUCAACCAUUAUCUGACGAUACUCAAACUCAAUAAAACCCAGGAUUUGUAUCGGAUUAUAUUCAUGACUAAUAUCCCCUUAGAUCAGCUUCUAAAAUCAUCACUUUCAGACAACAAAUCCUCGCAAAACGUUCUGAAGCUUCUAUAUGAUAAAUAUGUUGUUCCAAUCAACGAAAUAACUAAUGCUGAAUUUUUACUACCAAAUAGUCAGAGUGAUGAACCUUCCAACGACACGGUGCUGAAAAAAGUUUUGAAAUGCGCUUCAGAUCAUUCCACCGUUUCAUUCACAGAUUCUGCGAUUGACCCAGAGGCCUUAAAUCUGUCUACUAACGAAUCAGUGAACCAUGGAUCUUCAGUGCCCGUUGAGUGCAAGUUCUCUCAACUAUGCUUAAAUUAUGACAUGAAUACUGGUGAUUUGGUUAUUUCUUUCAGCCACUCUUGCCAUUUAUAA